AUGUCGCCUGUAGAUCCAACCAAGGAUAGUCUUCUCCAAACCAAUCCAUACUACAUGCCCCACCACUGUAUUGAAAGGCCAGACAGUGCAACCACGAAACUUCGAGUGGUUUUCGACGCAUCUUGCGCUACUGACACAGGAUUAUCACUAAAUGAUGCUCUAAUGGUUGGUCACAACGAACAAGACGAUCUAUACAGCAUCAUUCUUCGCUUUCAUCGUCAUCGGUAUGCCGUCGUAGCCGAUUUAGAAAAAAUGUACCGGCAGGUGUUAGUACAUCCUUCAGACUGUCACCUGCAACGUAUCCUUUGGCGUGAUUCUCCUACCGACCCAAUUCAGUGUUACGAACUUUUAACCGUUACAUACGGCACCGCGUCAGCGCCAUUCCUGGCAACGCGUUGUCUGCAACAGUUAGCAACAGAAGGGAAAUCGACCCACUCAAGGGCUGCUAAAGCUUUGUUGAAGAAUUUCUAUAUAGACGAUCUACUUGGCGGUACCGAUACAGAGGAAGAAGGAACGGAGCUUUGCAGUCAACUUAUUUCACUUCUGCAAUCGGCAGGAUUCAACUUGCACAAAUGGGCUUCCAAUAACCCAAACAUAAUUAAAAAUAUUCCUGCUGAGCUCCUAGAAAACCGCGACGUAUUAGAAAUUGAUUCUUCGUCAUCUCCAGUAAAAACCCUUGGUCUUUUGUGGCAACCGUUCGAAGAUGUCUUUCGUUUUAAGGUACCAGAGUGGCCGGAAAGGAGCGCAAUCACAAAGCGCUCAGUACUGUCGGAUGCUGCCAGAUUGUUCGACCCGUUAGGGUUGUUGGGCCCAACUGUGUUGAUAUCGAAACUUUUUAUGCAACGAUUAUGGGCUUUGAAACUUGCGUGGGAUGUUCCAUUGGAUGAACCCUUACAAAGGUUCUGGAAAGAGUUCUGCGAGGACCUAGAGAUUCUACGUACCUUUUCCGUACCACGAUGGGCAGCUCCUUGUAUCAGUGAAACAAACUUAGAACUACAUGGGUUCUGUGACGCAUCGGAACGCGCAUACGGUGCGUGUCUCUUCUUACGUACAGUAACUGCCACCGGAACGAUUACCGUUCACCUCCUGACCGCUAAAUCAAAGGUAGCUCCCUUAAACUCUGGGAAGAAACGACAAAUCUCCUUACCAAGACUGGAAUUAUCAGCAGCUCUUCUAUUAAGCCACUUAUACGAAAGGGUACAAGAAGCAUUACAAGUGUCCGGUCGAUCGUAUUUUUGGACAGAUUCAAUGAUUGUCGUCCAUUGGCUGGUGGCAACACCAAGUCGAUGGAAGAAAUUUGUAGCAAACCAGGUUGCAGAAAUCCAGCAUAUCACGGCAGCUGGCACAUGGGGACACGUAGCGGGAACCGAAAACCCAGCAGAUGCGAUUUCACGCGGAAUGCCAGCCUCUCAACUCGUCGAAUACAAUCCCUGGUGGCAUGGGCCUGCUUGGUUGAGCCAAUCCUGCAGGUUUUGGCCUACUCUACUCAGAACUACCGACGAUCUCUUCGAAGCAGACCACUUGGAGGAAAAGGUCGUUACUUCGUUACCUGUUGUUGACACCAGUAGUAUUUUCGGUAUUAAAUCGUCCUUUACUGAACUCAUACGCAUGGUUGCCUACAUACGAAGAUUCUCUUACAAUUCGAAAAAAGGGAACAGAAACCUAAGAAUAACUGGACCCUUAUCCACAAGCGAACUUGAAGCAUCUUUACGGAACCUUGUUCAAUUAUCACAGCAGGAAUCUUUUCCGGAUGAAAAACGGUCAAUUCAAACAAAUGGCCAAGUUAAAUCUACGUCCAAGAUAAAGGCAUUAUCACCAAUCCUUGUGAAUGAUAUUCUACGUGUGCGCGGUCGCUUGCGCAACGCCUUAGUUUCGUAUGAUCAGAAACAACCGAUGAUUUUAGACAGUAAGCAUCCUUUAACACUUCUCAUUGCGAGACAUUAUCACAUCAAUUUGUUACAUGCUGGGCCGCAGCUCUUAAAGUCAGCACUGCGUCAAAGAUUUUGGCCAAUUCGACUUCGCAAUCUUGCUCGAAAUGUAGUGCAUCAAUGCAUCACUUGCUUUCGAUGCAAACCCACCGUAUCGAACCAACUUAUGGCAGAUCUUCCGCCAGCUCGUGUGUCUCCUACACUUCCAUUCCUAAAUGCAGGUGUGGAUUUCUGUGGCCCCUUCCAUUUGAAGCCACCUCAUCGAAAGGCUGCCCCACAAAAAUGCUAUGUAGCAGUAUUCUUCUGCAUGUCAACGAAGGCCGUACAUUUAGAGCUCGUUAGCGAUCUUUCGGCUGAUUCGUUUCUCGCAUCACUAAAACGAUUUACGACAAGGCGUGGGAUUCCAAAAUCCAUUUUCAGCGACAACGCCACCAACUUUGUCGGUACUCAUCGCAUUUUGAACGAAUUUGCCCAACUGUUCCGUUCAUAA